UAAGGGUGGGGCGAGAACGUUCUGGCGCCGCGACGCCGGGCGGAGAUUCGGUGACUUGGGGCUUCGGGUUGAGCUCUACCUGGCUGCAGGAAUGGCGGGGAGGGGGAAGCUAAUCGCGGUGAUCGGAGACGAGGACACGGUAACUGGUUUCCUACUGGGCGGCAUAGGGGAACUUAACAAGAACCGUCAUCCUAAUUUCCUGGUGGUGGAGAAGGAUACAACUAUAAAUGAGAUCGAAGACACUUUCCGGCAGUUUCUAAACCGAGAUGACGUUGGCAUCAUCCUCAUCAACCAGUACAUCGCAGAGAUGGUUCGGCAUGCCCUGGAUGCCCACCAGCGCUCCAUUCCGGCAGUCCUGGAGAUCCCAUCCAAGGAGCACCCGUAUGAUGCCGCCAAGGACUCCAUCCUGCGCAGAGCCAGGGGCAUGUUCACUGCCGAAGACCUGCGCUAGGGGACUCCCACAGCUUUCAGCCUCUCCUUCAUUUCCAGGUCUCUCCUAGACUUGGAUCAGUCCUUCAAGUUUUAAGCCUCUAAUUUCCAAUUCCCUGCCCCUUUUCACCCUAUUGAGAGGCUAGGAGAGGUACUUCUAGGUUGCUGGGACUCUGCCAUUAAAUCAAGGCUGGUUGGGGAACAGGAAGCCUGACCAUCUUCUCUCUCCACUACCUCUUCCCUGUGCUGUUACACAGUGUCAUUGUCAAUGUUAAAUUAAAGUAAUAUUCUUCCCUCCAAA